GGACGUUUUGUGGCUCCUCUCCGCCGCCUGCAUCCUCUUCACCGUUUCUAUGUUCUCAAGCGGCCUGUCAGAUCUCCGGCUAAUGGUCUCCAGGAAGAGUGUGGACAAUAUCCAGUUCCUGCCGUUCCUCACCACCGAUCUGAACAACCUGGGCUGGUUGUAUUACGGAUAUCUGAAGGGGGAUGGGACUCUGAUGACGGUGAACUCCAUCGGGGCCUCCCUGCAGACUCUCUACAUGGCCGCUUUCCUCUUCUAUUCCCGGAGAAGCGGCGCCCCCUUUCUCAGGUCCUCCUGGGGGCCGCAGUCCUAGUUGUGGCGUUCGUCUACUUCUCCCUGUGGAUCCCCGACGCCGGCCUCCGCCUCAACCAGCUGGGCCUCUUCUGCAGCGUCUUCACCAUCAGCAUGUACUUGUCUCCGCUGGCUGACCUGGCCCAGAUCAUCAGAACCAAGUCCACCAAGUGCCUGUCCAUGCCGCUGACCAUCACCACCUUCCUGACCUCCACCUCCUGGGUGCUGUACGGCAUGCAGCUCAACGAUGCCUACAUCAUGGUUCCAAACUUCCCCGGGAUUGUGACCAGCCUGCUGAGGAUCUGGCUGUUCUGGCGCUACCCCCCAGGAGCAACCGUCCUACCGCUACCUGCCGGCGUGAGAGCGCAACGCGGCGCGCCACCCUACCAUGUGCCUGAACAUGCUGACGCACUUUAUUCUGGGGCUACACUGGGCACUGCCAUGGGGCCCGGGGCUCUGUGUCUUCUGGGGCCCUCUAUAUACGGGGCUCUGUCUCUUCUGGGGUGCUCUAUACACGGGGUUCUGUCUCUUCUGGGGCCCGGGGCUCUGUCUCUUCUGGGGCCCUCUAUACAUGGGGCUCUGUCUCUUCUGGGGCCCUUUAUACAUGGGGCUGUCUCUUCUGGGGCCCGGGGCUCUGUC